CGGAGGGAGACCGGACGGGACCGGGAGGCGCCGCCGUUGCUACCGCCCAGCGCAGCCCCGCCGAGCCGCCAUGAGUGACCAGCAGCUGGAUUGUGCCUUGGAUUUGAUGAGGCGUCUGCCUCCACAGCAGAUAGAGAAGAAUCUCAGUGAUCUCAUUGACUUGGUCCCAAGCCUCUGUGAAGAUCUCCUCUCCUCUGUUGAUCAGCCAUUGAAGAUUGCGCGAGAUAAGGUGGUAGGAAAAGACUAUCUAUUGUGUGACUACAACAGAGAUGGAGAUUCAUAUAGAUCACCAUGGAGUAACAAAUAUGAUCCUCCCCUGGAAGACGGUGCCAUGCCAUCUGCUCGCCUGCGCAAGCUGGAGGUGGAAGCCAACAAUGCCUUUGACCAGUACAGAGACUUGUAUUUUGAAGGUGGAGUCUCCUCUGUCUACCUCUGGGAUCUGGAUCAUGGUUUUGCUGGGGUGAUCCUCAUUAAGAAAGCUGGAGAUGGAUCAAAGAAGAUUAAGGGAUGCUGGGAUUCCAUCCACGUGGUGGAGGUUCAGGAGAAAUCCAGUGGUCGUACUGCUCAUUACAAGCUGACCUCCACAGUGAUGCUGUGGCUGCAGACUAAUAAAACUGGUUCUGGUACCAUGAACCUUGGAGGGAGCCUUACCAGACAGAUGGAGAAAGAUGAGACUGUGAGUGACUCCUCUCCACACAUAGCCAAUAUCGGACGCUUGGUAGAGGACAUGGAAAACAAAAUCAGAAGUACACUGAAUGAGAUUUAUUUUGGAAAAACAAAGGACAUCGUUAAUGGGCUGAGAUCUAUUGAUGCUAUCCCCGACAACCAAAAGUAUAAGCAGUUGCAGAGGGAGCUUUCUCAAGUGUUGACCCAGCGCCAGAUCUACAUCCAGCCUGAUAACUAAACCAAUCCAGGUCUGUGCAGACUUUUGCAGACAAAUCAAAACAAGA